AUGUUGAUGGGCUCCGGGAUUGAGUCGACAAACAGCCGCGAAGAGCGGGAGCUGCUGGCGAUGUCGCCCCUCUGGACGGCCCGCUACGACUACCAGGCGCAGGGCGACGACGAGCUGUCGCUCCGGGUGGGCCAGAUCGUGUACGUGCUGUCCACGGACAGUAGCAUCUCGGGCGACGAGGGCUGGUGGACGGGCAAGAUCGGCGACCGUGUGGGUAUCUUCCCGUCCAACUUUGUGACGAACGAGGAGGACCCGGCCGUGCUGAAGGUGCAACCGGUCGAGAUACAGUUCCACGAGCUAACGAUCGGCGAGGUGAUCGGAGUGGGGGGCUUCAGCAAGGUGCAUCGUGCCUUUUGGAACGGGGAAGAGGUCGCCGUGAAAGCGUCACGGCAGGAGGAUGACAUCGACGUGACGCGAGAGAACGUGCUGCAGGAGGCGAAACUUUUCUGGUCCCUGAAGCACCCGAACAUAGUCGCCCUGAAGAGCGUGUGUCUCGAUCCGCAGCGACCGUGCUUGGUGAUGGAGUUCGCACGCGGAGGCUCGCUCAACAAAAUUCUGACCGGACGGAAGAUCCCGCCGGAUGUGCUGGUGGACUGGGCGAUCCAAAUCGCGCGCGGCAUGAAGUAUUUGCACUGCGAGGCUCCGAUAUCGGUUAUACAUCGCGAUUUGAAAAGCUCCAACGUGCUAAUCAGCCAGUCAGUCCAAGAAGGGAACCUGCUCAAUAAAACCCUCAAAAUAACGGACUUUGGGUUAGCGCGGGAAGCUUACCGUACUACUCGUAUGUCUGCGGCAGGCACGUUUGCCUGGAUGCCACCGGAAGUGAUCAAAUCGGGAACCUAUUCCAAAGCGUCGGACGUGUGGAGCUACGGAGUGUUGCUAUGGGAGCUACUAACCGGCGAAACUCCAUACAAAGGUUUCGAUUCACUGUCCGUCGCCUACGGUGUUGCAGUCAACACACUCGCCCUACCAAUUCCAAAAACCUGCCCGGAAGCGUGGGGAAGACUAAUGAAAUGCUGUUGGGAGAUUGACCCCCAUCGGAGGCCUUCUUUUAGGUUAAUAGAAAAGGACCUGGAUAUCAUCGCACGGUCGGGCUUUGCCCAGACACCGCACGAAUCAUUCCACACCAUGCAGGACGGCUGGAAGAAGGAAAUCGCUGAAGUGCUACAGGAAUUGCGUAAAAAAGAAAAGGCAUUUAAAUCUUUCGAGGAGGAAUUACGCAGCAAAGAAGAGGAACUGAAACGUGUUUCGCAGGAGCAACGCAGCAAGGAGGAAGAUCUUGUGAAACGUGAGCAAGAGCUACACGCCCGUGAAAUUGAGCUUCUGGGGCGCGAACUGACGAUUCUGAUGAAUCAAAAUACUCCAACGCCGAAGAAACGCAAAGGAAAGUUUAGUAAGAGCAAAAUUAAGCUUAUUAAAAAAGAACCGGGACAAAUUUCCUUUCCACUUGACUUUCGCCACACGAUCACGAUACGGCACACGGAAAGCCACCAACGGAUGGACACUCCCCCCGGAUCGCCAGCCACCCGGCUGCGAACGAUAGUGUUUCCGGGCGACGGCAUCAAGGGCAAAACCUGGGGCCCCUCGACGCUGCACCAGCGGGAGCGAAGCCACCUGCCGACGAUGCGCCCGAACGUUCGACCGCAACAGUUCAGCAAGAGUGCGCCCAAUCUGGACAAAUCCCGGGCCACCGCAUUGUCGGCCGGUUCGUCGCGGCACGAAAUUCUAGAUUACGAUACCGACGAUGCGUGGUACGCUACGGCUGCUAAUCUGGCCAGCGGAGCGGCAGCCGAAGUGUCAACCCUGUCCGCGGAUCCACUCUGCUCUAGUCUCAACCGAUACGGAACGCUCCCGAGUACCACGGUGCCGAUGCCGACCCUAUACGCAUCCGAAGGGCAGCGGAAGCCCAAACUGUCGAUCAUCGAACUGGUGCUGUACAAUAUGGCGUCGAUGUUGGCCAGUGUUGCGUCCGGGUACGAUGUGCGCGUUUCAAACGUUACGCCACUGCACCCGAAGCUACAUCCGGGUCCUUUGCCCCCGUACGGAUCUUACUCUCAGCCUGCUAGUCCUUACCACAGCUCCUUACCACCGGCCCUGGAGCCGUACACUCCGAUGCAUCUGCCCAGCACUCGGCGCCUAGAGGCCGCCCCGUCUACGCAGGUAUUGUCACAGUCCGCCGUAUUGGGUCCGUGUCAGGAACCGUACGAAGAUGAGACGUGUCGAGGUCAUGAGGAACGACCACUCGGACACAACACCACACCGCCGUACCACGAGCCGAUACGACAACAGAUGCGGAAAUCCCUCGCACAAUCAACAAGCCCUCGGCAGGAGGAGCGAGCUUUGAAGUAUACGGACUCUCCGCAGCACCAUCUACCGUCGACGAUGUCGACCACGAGUGGUCUGGGGUCGAACUACACUCCAUCGGGGCCGAGCUCUUCGUUCAGCGUCGGUGCCGGCACGCAGCCACCGACGCCGUCGCCAAGGCGCAAGUCGAGUGCCACUUCUUUCAUGGACUAUGGGGAGCUUCCGGAGGAGCGCGAAAGUAGAGCCGGGCUCUACAUUCCCGGCGAGUACGAUGGUUACAUCCAGCACAACCCUAUAUUCAACACGGGUACGGGUAGGGCCACCGGCAGUUAUAUUGGUUCCCAUUACUUCCCGUAUCGGCCUGAGAUCAACUUUGCGUUCGAGCGUGAAACGAAAUCGUACGGUGGCGAGCCGGUGUAUGAGGAUCACCACUACGACAGUGCCUCGUACCACGACUACGCCUACGAAGGUCCGAGUGUGACGAGCGGUAGCGCCAGGACGUCGGUGACACGCGUACCACAGAUGGGCCUCAGUGCUGCCGGGCAUCGUCGGUCGUACUCGAACAUCUCCAGCACCAUGUACAGUAGUAGCAAUAUCAAUCAAGGGUUUCACAUGGACGCCGAUGAGAUCGGGGCGCGGUUGGUUGACGAGACGGCAUACAAAUUCGAUGAUCUCUAUCUAGCCGAGACCAGCACGUGUCGGGAAGGUGCGAUCGCCAGCUCUGGUGUACCGUCGUCUAGUGUGCCAACGGUACAUGAAAGCGGCGUAUUUCAAUCAUCCGAGCGGAUGCAUCAGUAUGAGAACGUUCCGAACUUUUUCCGCCGCCAGUCAAGCCUUCAGGCACAUUAUCCCAGCUCGACGGGUGGACAGGGUAGACACUUAUCUGGCGAGUUCAUGGCGGGCAUCGAUCACGACGAUCGCCCGUACACGGUGCUCGGUUUGGAGCACGGUGAGCUGGGAAGCCUCGCUACUAGUCUGAGACCUCAAACGAAGCUGCGGUCGAGUCUCAAAAAGUAUAACCAUCAGACGCACCAUCACCAUCACGCAACGACGGGAUCGGGAUCGGGCUCCCAGACCCGGCACAAUGCCGGUAGCGCCGGCAGCACAACGAACUACGGUGGCAGCACGUCGGCUACCAACCCUACGCCACCGGACAGUCUCACCAGUGACGAUAGCUCCUAUCUGAGCGCAAAAGAUAACUCUUCGUCGAUCUCGUCGCAGAGCCGGGUGCGCUUUACGCCGGAAAUCGUUCUCGACGUGACCUCACCGCUACAGUCUCCAGCCGGCAUGAUGAUGGGCGGUUUGGCGUCACCGUCCGCUUCAGGCUGCAUAGUUCCGGUGAAGGAUCGGCGCAGUUCCUCGUCCGGCAGCAUCAUGCUUACCGCUACCCCAGGGUCCGGGGCGUCGUCUACGUCCUUGUCCCGUCGUUCGAAUGUGUGCGACACGGAACAAUCCUAG